AUGUCAAUAGUUCACAUGGACACAGAAUUUGCGAUUCUUGAUGAAGAGAAAUACUACGAUUCAGUCUUCAAAGAACUAAAUCUGAAAACUCGCUCAGAAUUAUAUGAGAUCAGCUCAAAAUUUAUGCCCGAUUCGCAAUUCGAAGCCAUCAAGCGUCGCGGAAUUUCAAAUCGAAAAAGAAAAAUUAAAGAAACUUCAGAAAAUUCAAAUAGGAUGGAACAAAUGGCAUUAAAGAUUAAAAAUGUUGGCACUGAAUUAAAAAUUUUUAAGAAAAAAUCAAUCUUGGACAAUAAUUUGAAAUCCAGAAAAGCUGCGGAAACAGCGUUGAACGUGUCAAUCCCCAGUGCUUCUGCAUCUUCAGAGCAAAUAAUCGAGUUCCAGAAAUCAGAAUCCUUGAGUAAUUUAAUGUCGAAUGGAAUGAUCAACAAUUGGGUACGGUGCUCUGGCGACAAGCCGGGUAUCAUUGAAAAUUCAGACGGAACAAAAUUCUAUAUACCUCCUAAAUCUACAUUUCAUGUUGGAGAUGUGAAGGAUAUUGAACAGUAUUCAAGAGCACAUGAUCUCCUCUUCGACUUGAUCAUUGCCGAUCCACCAUGGUUCAGUAAAUCAGUGAAACGAAAACGAACAUAUCAAAUGGACGAAGAAGUUCUAGAUUGUCUCGAUAUUCCUGUCAUAUUAACUCAUGAUGCUCUGAUUGCUUUCUGGAUCACAAAUCGGAUAGGAAUUGAGGAAGAAAUGAUAGAAAGAUUCGAUAAAUGGGGAAUGGAAGUUGUUGCCACUUGGAAAUUGCUGAAAAUCACAACACAAGGAGAUCCAGUUUAUGAUUUUGAUAACCAAAAACAUAAAGUUCCAUUUGAAUCACUGAUGUUGGCGAAGAAAAAGGAUUCGAUGAGAAAGUUUGAGUUGCCGGAGAAUUUUGUUUUUGCCAGCGUUCCAAUGUCAGUACACUCUCACAAACCUCCAUUGCUCGAUCUUCUCCGUCAUUUUGGAAUCGAAUUCACAGAACCUCUGGAACUCUUCGCCCGAUCUCUUCUUCCAUCAACCCACAGUGUUGGUUACGAACCAUUCCUUCUACAAUCUGAACAUGUUUUCACUCGAAAUAUCUCUUUGUAAUAAAUAAUUUAUUAUG